AUGAUCCGUAUAGAUUAUUGUUGUGCAAGGCUUGUUUUACUAACCACAACCAUCGAGGCACAGGACGACCGACUGGCUUUGGUGCAUAUACCGUUGGAUCUCUACCCGUAUUUCUUGACUCCGAUACUACAGGUCCUCUUCCACGAGGUACCCCCCGUUGACCAGAGUCAUGUGGAGGUCUUGAAGAACGGCUCCAGAGAUGGCCUCAAGCAUGCGCAACCCGCCUUCUUGAAUUUCUCUAUCACCCCGGUAGAAUGCUCCAUCAUGUGCCCUAGGCAGCUUGCCAACAAGUAUUUUGCACCCAUGAUCGAUAACUUCGUUCAAAACCAUGCCUCUACCCAGAGCCGCCUGUCCAUCAGUCAGGACGAUUUCAUAGCCAUGCAGGUGUACGGCGAGGGUCUGGAAGCUGGCCAACGCGUGCUUGAGUUGACGAGUCCUCUAGCGAUGGCAGGAAUUUCUAUCUUCUUUAUCUCCACUUACUUUUCCGACUACAUCAUUGUGCCGCUGCGCAGUAAAGCACAGGUCAUUGAAGCGUUGGAGAAGCGAGGGUUUCAGUUCGAAAUCACCACCGAGGCUUUCAUAAAUCCCAAUCAAAGUCAGUACAGCAGCUAUAGCAGUCCGGGUUCAUCUCGUUCCGCGAGUAGUCUUGGUUCUCCGCCGGCAACUCCUCCUCCCUCGACACUCGACGAACUGCAGGGACGAACCUUUGCCUCCCUGCGGAAGAACCAAAUUGUGCCGUCUGUCGAUCGAUCCCUUCGCUUGGUGCAAUGUGCGGCCCAUCACCCAUACAGCAGUGAUGCUAGCUCAAUAUCAAUCCUCCGCACGGCACUGACGACUGCACUGGUUGUGGACAGACCACGCUUCCUCUCACUCACUCUGACAGCUGCCGACCCUGCAGCCUCGCUCUUGUUGGAACAGCGGCUCCUGCCCCGAUUCUUGAAUGAUGGUACCUCGUCUGCCGAGUCUACUGAUGAGACAAGCCUGCUUCUGGGGUCCAAGGAAGACAUCCUCGUCCCUAUCACGUUGGAUCUACGCAAACUCCCUCUUGAGGCCACCGGUAUUGUUUGCGGUGUUGCCAGUCGAUUGGCCGACGCUACACAUGCCGCCUGGGAUGAAAGCACCGAAGCAUCGACCAUUGCUUUGUCGCACUCUUUUAACGGUGCCUUCUCCUCUGAAAGCUCUCUCAAUCGCUACUUCUCGUCCAGUGUGGACUCUGGAGGACCAGUCAGGCCCCCUGCUCAGAAUCCCGCGCACCGAACACCCAAUGGCGAUCCGUUCACACUCUCAACCCAUCAUCUGCAGCCAGACCUUGACACGUCUCUGGAGGCCGUCGAGAUCAGCUUCCUUAGCACUGCACGUGCAGGGACAAUCCUUGUCGGUGAACACGAACUACAUCGAGCAAUGGAUGCGCUCGAGGCCGAAAGCCAUGAACCGGACCUACCGGCUGGUGUGCUCGAAGUGUGA